CACCCAAAUAUGGAGACAUUCCUGUGGGUCGGCGACAGGGGAGGGGAGAAGCCAGCAAGGGCCUAUAUAAAACCCGCCGGGCUUUCGGAAGGCCACCGACCAGCAGAGCUGGGAAGAAGCGGCAACCGGAGCUGAGAGCCAGGAACCAACCCCCAAGAAAGCCAACAUCAUGUGUGAUGAGGAUGAGACCACCGCACUUGUGUGCGACAACGGCUCCGGCUUGGUGAAGGCUGGCUUUGCCGGGGAUGACGCCCCUAGGGCUGUCUUUCCCUCCAUUGUUGGCCGCCCACGUCAUCAGGGUGUCAUGGUGGGUAUGGGUCAAAAAGACUCCUACGUAGGGGAUGAAGCCCAGAGCAAAAGAGGUAUCCUGACCCUGAAGUACCCCAUUGAACAUGGCAUCAUCACCAACUGGGAUGACAUGGAGAAAAUCUGGCAUCAUACUUUCUACAAUGAGCUCCGUGUUGCCCCUGAGGAGCACCCCACCCUGCUCACUGAAGCCCCUCUUAACCCCAAGGCCAAUCGUGAAAAGAUGACCCAGAUCAUGUUUGAGACCUUCAACGUCCCUGCCAUGUAUGUGGCCAUCCAGGCUGUGCUGUCCCUCUAUGCCUCUGGCCGUACUACUGGUAUUGUGCUGGACUCUGGCGAUGGUGUCACCCACAACGUGCCCAUCUAUGAGGGUUAUGCCCUGCCCCAUGCCAUCAUGCGUUUGGACUUGGCUGGUCGGGAUCUCACUGACUAUCUGAUGAAGAUUCUGACUGAGAGAGGCUACUCUUUUGUCACCACCGCUGAACGUGAGAUUGUCCGUGACAUCAAGGAAAAGUUGUGCUAUGUGGCUCUGGACUUUGAGAACGAGAUGGCAACAGCUGCCUCUUCUUCCUCUCUGGAGAAGAGCUAUGAAUUGCCUGAUGGCCAGGUCAUCACCAUCGGCAAUGAACGUUUCCGUUGCCCAGAGACCCUUUUCCAGCCUUCCUUCAUUGGUAUGGAAUCCGCUGGUAUUCAUGAGACAACCUACAACAGCAUCAUGAAGUGUGAUAUUGACAUCAGGAAGGACCUGUAUGCCAACAAUGUCAUGUCUGGUGGCACCACCAUGUACCCCGGUAUUGCUGACCGUAUGCAGAAGGAAAUCACUGCUCUGGCUCCCAGCACAAUGAAGAUCAAGAUCAUUGCCCCCCCAGAGCGUAAAUACUCUGUCUGGAUCGGAGGGUCCAUCUUGGCUUCCCUGUCCACCUUCCAACAGAUGUGGAUCACAAAACAGGAAUAUGAUGAAGCCGGCCCAUCCAUUGUCCACCGUAAAUGCUUCUAAACAUGUUUACAGAAAAGAUCACUUAUUAUUAUUAUUACUACUACUUGGUAACUACUCUCAGGAUGACGACAUUGUGAAGUGCAGGCUGUUGAACACCUGCUCAAGCCACAUUAAGGUUCAAUUUUAUACCAAUGUCUAUGUGACGGUUGCUGCAGACGCCAUGUGAUACUGAGUGUUUGUAAAGUGUACAUAAAAUUAACUUAUUUUACCUCAUUUUGUUAUUUCUCAAAACAAUGCCCUGCGGAAGGAAACCAAAACAAAAAAAAACUUUCAAGAAGCAUUAAAUCAUCAGUCAUUCUGUCAUGCCCCAACA